AUGUGGCCCACGCGGGAUUGCUGUUGGGCCGCCUUUCAGCGGAGCAGCGUGCCCGCGGUGCCACAGAAGUUGGAGGUGUGGGUGCACCAACUGAGUGGAGACCUGCUAUGUCAACUGCAGGUGGAGGAUGAGUGCACCGUGGAGCUCUUGAAGCAUCACAUCCAAUCUCUGACGGACAUCCCGCAGACCAGGCAGCACCUCAUGAACGGCGCCGCAAACGGUGCGCCGCUGGCGGAAGGCGCCAAGGUCAAGGAGAACGCGAAGGAUGGACGGGUCGAGCUGCAGAUCAUCCAGUCCUUCAAAGCGGGGAUGGCGGAUGUACCGCGCCCCAGAGAUGGGAUGGUCUUGCGGAAGGCGAUCUGUGAGAAGGACGUGGACCUCACCCUGGGCCUCUUAAACUUGGACGAACUGCCAGGCCUGAACGAGAAGGACCACAGUGACUGGACCGUGCUGCACCAUGCGGCAUGGUGUGGACUCAAAGAGGUGUGUCAGCGCAUCCUGGAACGCAAGGACUUCACUGAAGCCAAUGCGCACGAUAUCUCCGGCCUCACGGCGGCUUGA